CAGAGACAGCAACUAGCAGGAAACUCUCCAGUACAAGAGACAGACUGCACAAAGAGGAAGGAAGGGAAAAAAAAACCGUACAUCUAUUUCUCUCUCAUUAGCCACUGCUUGCCACAUGGCUAUUUUCAAAGUGUGUUGUCAACAAUAAUCUUCACAAACUCCAUUUUCUCCCAUCACUUUAACCAAAUUCUGAUUUCUCUUUCUUUUCUUUUCUUUUUUCCCUUGCUUUUCGAAUUUUCUUCAUUUUUCAACUUCUUUUUCACUAUAAUUAACCCACAAAACCAUGUACGUUCAUCUUGGUUUCUCCUCUUUCUCUUUAUGUUAAUCACUCUCUUUACUUCAACACUUCUUUUUUUGGUCCAUUUUGCUCUCUCAUGCUUUCUAAAAUUCGCAGGAUCUUUUGAAAAUAAGCAAUAACUAGAAGUGUUCAAGUUCAAUCCUUUUUCACCUUUUAAUGGCGGAACUUUCUACGGCAGUGAAUGUUAGUGAGACAAAGCACUUGGCCAUGCAGAAAAAAGAGCACCCUAAGGACCUUUUGCGGAAAUUUGCACCAACCCAGUUGAGCAUUAAUCAGGAAAAGAAAAAUGAUAAACCAGACAUCAAUCUUGGACUCUCUUUGUCUUUAGGUGGAAUUUACUGCGAAAACUCGAAUGAAAAAACUUUAUCGAGAUCAUCUUCCAGUAUCGGAAUGAUGACACUGAAAAAAGAUGGUGAUGCUAAAGAGCGCGAUUCCUUAUUCCCCAGGUCGUUUCUUUCAUUGUCAAGGUCUUAUUCAGUGCCCACUGAGGCGGAACAAGAGCAGAGAAAGGCAACUUUAAUGGCUUUGGCUAGGACGAGAAUUGAGUCUACUGAGAAUUUUAUGUGGGACAGGGCUCAAAAUGGCGGUACUUAUGAGCAGGAGAAAUCUCUAGCUAAAGAACCAAGGCCAUCUUCACCAUCUCAAGUGGCUGCUUGGGCUGCAGCUUCUGCUGCUAAGAGUCCUGCCUUGUGUCGUGCCCUUGUUCAGAUCAAGAGACAGGCCUCUAUGUAUAGCAGCAGAAGACUUGAAGGACAAGAAGGAUUGGCUGCAGGGAAUGGUGCUAAUCAUUCACAAUUGUUGCUAACUCAAAAAGACACUGAAUCCAAGCUCAUGGUAGGGGCAAAUGCAAAUGAAAGACUUGUCAAGGCUGCUGAAACAAAGAUAAAAAAUCCAUCAAAAAGGGCAAAACUUCUGAAAAAUGGCUUUCAAGAUAGGGGGAUGGAUGUGAUGAAACAGAUGCCUAGUGUGACAACAACAGGCAAUGGCCCUUAUGGAAGGAAAAUAGAGGGAAUUUUGUACAAGUACAGCAAAAGUCAAGUGACCAUUGUAUGUGUUUGUCAUGGCAGUUUUCUCUCCCCAGCAGAAUUUGUAAGGCAUGCCGGUGGGAACAAUGUAGCGAACCCCAUGAAGCACAUCACUGUUUGCUCCUCCUUUUCCUUUUAGGAAAUACUGGUGGUUCCGUCAGCCAUUCUGAGAGGUUGAUACAGGAAAUUAGAGACCUGAAACUAGAGUAGAUGUUUCUUUUCAUCUCCCAACUCGAAAUUAUUAUAUUUCCAGUGUUGCUUAGAGUUGCUAUUACUCCUCGUUGCUUCGGCAAUAAAAUUAAGCACCUAAUGAAACAUUUUCACCAAAAUCGAAAGUUAGUGGUACUGAUCAAAUUAAUCCA